CAAAAAUCAGAAAAUCUAAAGAUUGUAUUGCAAAUGUUAUUAAGAGGUGGAAAACAAUUUCAGAUCAAAAUCUAUUGCCAAUAAAGUAUUCUGGAAAAAAACCAAAAAUUGAUAAUACAAAUCUACAAUAUGUAGAAGAAUUAAUAUCAAAUAAUAAAAAAAAUACAUUAAACCAACUAACAGAAGCUUGGAAUACAAAUAAUCCAAAUCUUCAAGUUUCUUCAAAGACAUUUCAUCAUUGUUUAAACAAAUUAAAAAUAGGAAGUCAG